AUGGUAACAGUGGGUCUGCGUUGGUACCAGCAUCCCACAGAAGAUGAGCUGAGGACUUUAGCUGGAAAACAGCAGAAAGGAGGCAAGAGCAAGAAGGACAGGAAGUACAAUGGGCACUUGGAGAACAAGCCGAUGACUAUUCCCAAAGACAUCGACCUUCAGCUAGAGACUAAAUGCAUUGCAGAAGUGGACACACUAGCUCUGCAUUACUUUCCUGAAUUCCAGUGGCUGGUGGACUUCACGGUGGCUGCCACUGUGGUGUAUCUCAUCACUGAGCUGUACUUCUGUGUGGCAGAGCCAAGUGGAGAGAUGAACAUCAGUGUGGUGUGGAGCCUGCUGGUCUUAGCCUUUGUCAUGAAGAUCCUUUUCUCCCUCACGGCUCACUACUUCAGACUAGAGGAGGGCGGUGAGCGUUCCCUCUGCAUCACCUUUGCCGCCUUCUUCUUUGUGAAAGCCAUGGCUAUUCUUAUUGUCACAGAGAACUACCUGGAAUUUGGCCUUGAGACAGGCUUUGCAAAUUUUUCCGAAAGUGCCAUGCAAUUUCUGGAGAACCAAGGCCUUGAGUCUCAGGGCCCCAUAUCCAAGCUGACCUUUAAGCUGAUCCUGGCUCUGCUCUGCGCUCUCAUUGGAGCCUUUCUCACCUUCCCUGGCCUGCGAUUGGCCCAGAUGCAUCUUGAUGCCCUCACACUAAACAACUGCAAAGUCACACAGACCUUGCUACAUAUCAACUUCUUGGCCCCCUUAAUCACGGUACUGCUCUGGGUGAAGCCCAUAACAAAGGAUUGCAUAAUAAAUCCCACAUUUGGGAAAGAUAGUGUGCCUUUGAUGUCUGAGAAGACAUAUGACACAUUGCGUCUGUGGGUGAUCCUGCUUCUGUGUGUGCUGAGACUAGCCAUGAUGCGGCAUCAUCUCCAGGCCUACCUUAACCUGGCCCAGAAGGGCGUCUUGCAGAUGAAGAAGGAAGCAGGACGCAUUAGUACAGUGGACCUCCAAAAAAUGGUCGCCCGAGUCUUUUACUACCUGUGUGUAAUAGCUCUUCAGUACGUUGGACCUCUGGUGAUGCUGUUGCACACUACUUUGCUGCUAAAGACAUUAGGUGGAUACUCGUGGGUGAUUUACCCCGAAGAGAAUUUGCCGUGUCUGUCGAAUGAGGACUCGAGCCCUGUCGAAGUGGGGCAAGGCGAGAUGCAGGCUUCUCAAACUGUGGCCCAGCUGUCGGUGGCUCUCGGGGGGCUGAGGACUGUUUUCUCCCCCUUGCUUUUUCGAGGGCUCCUGUCCUUCUUCACUUGGUGGAUUGCCGCAUGCCUGUUCUCCACCUCUCUCUUCGGCCUCUUCUACCACCAGUAUCUGAUGGCUGCAUAGCAUCGUGAAUGGCUCGUCCAACUGAACUGUGCGACACAAGGCCCUGGAACAUUCCCCUUUUUCUGCAACCAUAUCAGCUGGGUUCUUCUCUAAGCGGCUUCCUCCGUGGGCACGUUAUUUUAACCUAGCCGAUACAUAAACAGUAACAAUUCAAUCAUUGUAACUUUCAUGAGCGUCAACAGACGGAGGAUGGCGUCUGUAGGAGACCUCAAAAUAAUGCUGAUUUUAAAGGGGAUGGCGUCUUUCAACCACCAGAAGGUUGAAAGCGAGGGAUCACUCAUGGUCGUUGACAUUCUGUAUUUUUUUUUUAGAUUUUACAUUUAUGUGAUAUAAAUCAUAUACAG